ACCUAAGCUUCAGCCCGCGUUAAACCUAUUUCCACCAAAAGCAACUUUCUUUCUUGAUCACAACAGAAUCCACCCACCAAAAGCGAACCUCACUGAUGAUACCCCUCGAUGAUCUAAUCUUGAAGAACAAAUCCACGACGAAGAGACUUCUUGUGUAGAUACGAUAGAUAAAAAAAAAAACUAUCUUCCUCUACGCGUCUAAUAUUAUUUCUCUCUCUUCUUUUCUAUUCUUUGGUUUCGGAGUACGAGCGAACGUCGAUCUUUGUCCGGCCGGCCCCAUUCUGCUCUCUCUCCCACCCCCCCAAAAGUCGCCAAAUUGACCCGACAUCGACCUAACUCAUUGCAUCACUCCACCAAACCAACCCACGCGAUCAGCAGCGCACCCAGUCGACUUUCAUUUUCCGACUUCAACCUCUACUAGAACCCCUCAUAUCUACUACUGCAUAACCAUACCUCAUCAUGGCUGACGCGCCAAAUGCGAAUGAUGAGCUUUACCCCAUCGCUGUUCUCAUAGAUGAACUAAAGCACGACGAUGUCCUACUCCGAUUGAACGCCAUCCACCGUCUAUCGACAAUUGCGCUCGCUUUAGGUGCCGAGCGCACUCGUGACGAACUCAUUCCCUUUUUAGAUGAGUCUGUCGAGGAUGAGGAUGAAGUUCUCGUCGCCCUAAGUGAGGAGCUAGGAAGCUUCAUCGAAUACGUUGGUGGUCCUCAAUAUGGCCAUGUCCUCCUUUCCCCUCUUGAGAACCUCGCUGCCAUCGAAGAACCCGUCGUUCGGGAUAAGGCUGUCGAGUCCCUUAACAAGAUUUGCAACGAUCUAUCGCCUCAACAAGUCGAAGAAUACUUCAUCCCACUUACCAUCCGACUUUCCAAGGCAGACUGGUUCACAUCUAAAGUAUCUGGAUGUGGCCUUUUCACAACCCCUUACAAGAAGGUAUCCCCGCCUGUCCAAGAACAGCUUCGCCAACAAUUUGGUCAACUCGUACACGAUGAGACACCUAUGGUACGAAGACAAUCCGCUACCAACAUGUCCAAGUUCGUCAAGGAAAUGCCCGCGGCUAUCGUAGUCGAAGAAAUGAUACCCCUUUUCCAGCAUCUCGCGCAAGAUGAUCAAGAUAGUGUGCGAUUAUUGACGGUGGAAAUCCUUAUCUCUAUUGCCGAAGUCGUACCUAAGGAACAACAAGGCAGCCACGGUGUCUUACUUACAUCGUUACGAAACUUGAUAGAGGAUAAGAGCUGGAGGGUUCGAUAUAUGAUCGCCGAUAGGUUCGAGAAGAUCGCGAAGGCUGUGGAUGAAGAGGUGGUCUCUCGAGACCUAGUACCUGCGUUUGUCAAAUUGUUGAAGGAUAACGAAGCAGAAGUCCGAACUGCUAUCGCCGGACAAAUCCCUGGUUUCUGCAACUUGCUCGACAGGACUACUCUCCUUAACGAAAUCAUGAGCUCCAUCGAGGACCUUGUUUCUGACACCUCUCAGCAUGUCCGUGCUGCCCUAGGAACGCAAAUCAGUGGUCUAGCACCAAUUCUAGGCAAGCAAGAGACUAUUGAUCAUCUUCUCCCUAUGUUCUUGCAGAUGUUGAAGGAUGAAUUCCCCGAGGUCCGCCUACAUAUCAUCUCGAAGCUCGAGUUGGUCAACCAAGUUAUCGGCAUCGAUCUUCUCUCUCAAUCCCUUCUACCCGCAAUCGUACAGCUCGCGGAAGACAAGCAAUGGAGAGUACGACUUGCUAUUAUCGAGUAUAUUCCUCUCCUCGCGAGUCAGCUCGGAGUUAAGUUCUUCGAUGAUAAGUUGAGCACGCUAUGCAUGGGUUGGCUUGGGGACACUGUCUUCUCUAUUCGCGAAGCAGCAACUCACAACCUAAAGAAGCUCACCGAAGUCUUCGGCGUUGAGUGGGCGAGUCAAACAAUCAUCCCUAAGGUGAUGGCCAUGGGCACUCAUCCUAACUAUCUCUACCGCAUGACAACAUGCUUUGCAAUCUCGACUCUGGCUACUGUCGUUAGCCUGGAUGUUAUCGGAAACUCUAUUCUUCCUAUGUUAGAAAAACUAGUUGAGGAUGAUAUCCCUAACAUCCGUUUUAACGUGGCGAAGACAUACUCGGUACUUAUCGAUGUCCUAAAACGACUUCCAGAAGAGGGUACUAUCUACAGCUUAGAAAAGGCCGGAACGACACCCACUACACCAUCUCCUCGUGCCACUGAACUGAUCCAGCAACGCCUUCUUCCAAAUCUGGAGAAGCUACAAAAGGAUGAUGAUGUGGAUGUUCGUUACUUUGCUACCACCGCAGUAGCGGGCAUUCCGGGAAUGUCUGGAGAACCUAUGAAUACAUCGCCGUAGAUGAAUCAUAAAAAAGAGAAAUCUUCCCACCAUACGGCCAGGUAUUAGAGUGUCUUAGUUGCACCUCUCGCGAGAUAGCCAUCCCGAAUUGUCUAAACGCCUAUUCGUCGAAAGGGGGUCCCUUGAAGAACCUUAGAUUUCGAGGGUUCGUAGAGUAGAAGACGUAUGGUAAAAGGGAGGCACGCACACGGUCAUGACAUGCAUUUUUUGGAGGUUUUGUGUUCUACUCGGCAUUAAGAAACCCCCUUUUGUAAGGGACUUGGAAGUUGUACAAGCUCCUAUAGAGGAUGAAAGGGCCAAAAGCCCCAAAAGGUGCUAUCAAAUGAAUGCCCGACAGAAUGAUUGUCUGGUAAUUGUAAGAUAAAAAAGACGAAAAAAACAUGAGUUUAAUAGAUCUCGAUCAAAUAG